AUGAAGAUCGCCAGCGGUAUCCGUGCAAAUUCGACGAUGGAUCAGGUUCUACGCGUUGGGUACGCAAACACAAGUCAAUUCGAGUUUGGUGAACAAGCAUCAGAGUUUUCGUGGAUUUGGGCUGAGGAAAUGAACGGCUACUAUCACUUGUUGCACGGCUUUAGAUCUCACACAAGAAAUGUGAGAUCUCUAGUGAGCAACAGCAAGGACGCCAGAGAAAUCAGCAACCCAUUACGGAUCCAGAUCAUUGGUGAAUUCGUCAGCGUAACGUAA